UGCACAACUCAGAAUGAAGGAUCCUCAUCCUCAUCUUCAUCUUCACCUUCAUCUUCACCUGGAAACAGUCAAACAUGGCGUCUGAUGCGUCUCCUCCAGGUGACGAUGAGGUGAAGGAUAGAAGGAGGAGGAGGAGGAAGGAGCGGGAGGUGAGGAAGAAGGAGGUUCAGGAGGUGGACAUCGAGGAGUUAACGUCUGCAGGUCACAGAGCGCUGCAGGAGGGACGGACCGAAGACGCUCUGAGCUGCUUCAACAAGACUCUGAAGGCUGCAGAACAGCUGCAGGACUCUCGGGUCCUGCGGGCCUGUUCCUUUAACCUCGGUGCAGCCUACGUGGAGGCGGGCCGGCCUAAGAAAGGUCUGGACCUCCUGCGUCAGGCUCAGCCCGGCCCGAAGGCCGACCGGCUCCCGGACCUCCAGUUCAACCUGGCCCUGGCCCACAAUGCACUGGGGCAGAGCCAAGAGGCCACCGGCUACUUCCUGCAGGCCGCUCAGCUGUACAGAUCGCAGGGAGACGGAGGCAGCGAGGGAGACGCCUGCAUGGAGAUGAGCCGCUGCUACAGCAGAGCGCAGGACUGGUCUCAGGCGGUUCAGGGUUUCCUGCGAGCUGCAGAGAGUUACAGAGUGGCAGCCAUGUUGGAUUCUGCAGCUGCUGCCCUCAAAGAGGCAGGAAGUCACAUGAUCCAAUCAGAUCAGUUCAGCGCAGAUGACAUCAUCGGCGUGCUGGCAGAGUGUCUGAGUUUAACAGACAGCAUCACCGACCCAAAGACCCUGGGUGAGCUGUACCUGUCAGUGGGCAUGUCCUACUGCCGGCUCAGGUGUUUCCAGGAGGCGGUGAGGUGUUUCCAGCAGGCUCUGGGCCCCGCCGCUCAGCGGCCCCCCCUACUGGCCAAAGUGCUUCACAACCUGGGAGCCGCCCUGAACUCUGUGGGCCAGUUCACACCUGCUGUGGGCUACCACAGGCUGGCUGCUGGACUCUACGGCUCACUGGGUUGCCGUGGCGAUCAGGCCCGUUGUUUCAGUAACCUGGGGUUUGCCUGCAGUCAGCUGGGUGAUGAUGAGGAGGCAGCAGAGAGCUUCAUUCACGCUCUGCAGGGGUUCAGAGACACAGAGGACCACCUGGCGCAGGUUCAGGUGUGUGAGUCGUUAGCAGAGUGUUACCUGAAGCAGAGGAAGCAGCAGAAAGCAGUUCAGCUCUACAAACAGGCUCUGACCGCUCUGUCGCACUGCAAGGACAGUCCUGUUGGUGUUCGAGAUCGACUGGUGGAGCGUCUGACUGCAGCUCUGCAGAGGCCACGCCCACCCAGACCACACCCACUCAGCCCACAUGUUGGACAGCGGAUCAGGAAAAGUGACAUCACACAGAGUCCAGACCGAGCGUCCAACCAGCAGCUAGACGGUCAGAGGGGGGAGGGGCAAGGGUCACAGCAGGACGCCACAGCCAGACAGGAAGCAGCAGAGCAUUGUGGGUCAGCGAGGGACGGCGCCACUGAGGGACCCGAACACAUCAGCAUGGUACCUGGACCGCACAGUUUGUACCAGUCAGACCAGUCAGACCAGCCGCACACUGAGAGUGAAACCUCAUUGGUCCAGGAGGCGGAGUCUCCGCCCACCAGCCCAGGUGACACCAGAGAGGCCACGCCCCUUGUCGCCAGGUGGCGGUCUCGGUUCUGUUCGCUGAUGUAGACUCACCCACCUAAGGACACGUUUGGAUAAGAACACUGUGAGAACGAGUCUCACGCACAAGAUCUGCAAAAACAACCGAAAACGCUGUAGUACGCACGCCAGGCCAGUAGUUGGCGGUGUAAGUUUGUAAUGACACACCAUAGAAGUGUUUGCGCAUAAAGGCUUUCCUCUACACAACGCUGAGUAUAAACAGCAUUAAUAAACUCCGUAGAGUCAGCAACACGAUCACAACCACGCUGUCGUUGUCCUCCUACUCGCACAUGACUUUUUUCUGAAACGAGAUGCGCAUGUGCGAGGUGCAGCUGUGGCGUCACUGCUCUCACAGGAUCUGUGCAUCGCCAGUUUACACGGCGGCAGACGGAGCGCUGUUUUCAAGAGAUUACACUCUGGAACCCGGAUUCAAAAGUUUGCGU